AAGACAUUUGAUUUUGAAGAGAUCAGUAUCCGCAACCAUGGCACAAUGAUCGUAACGAAUCAAGACAACAUCCGUGAAUUUAAUGGGCAUUCUAUUUAUGUGCAUGCCGGUGGAAGGUUGUCAGCGGUUAAUCUUCAUGUGAAUGCAAUUAAUGUGACAGUGGAUGCGCUGGCUGUGUUUGAAGCAACUUUAGCUGGCCAGAACUUUGAGUUGCCAGAUAUUGUAUAAUUUGAAAUAUAAGGGUGGCCCAUGACGUAGAUAUAAGAAAUUGUAGAUGUUUCUCCUUGUCUGUCUGAUAACUCCCUUGGCCAAGUCUUUCACUCGAAACGACGAAGUGUUUUUAACACGAUCAACACAAUCGUACCACCUCAAUUUUAGCAGUUUUGCCACCAGCACUUGACGUUAUACCAUAAUAAUUUUGAUUACAUUUUCAGGGCCAGGCAAGGGCGCUGAUUAUAUCCCAGGAUUCCAAGCGGGUGGAUCAGGAGGAGGUCAUGGCGGGCGCGGUGGUAGAGGGGUUGCUAGAAUAUUGUCUGGGCCCUCCUAUGGAUCUGUAUUUAAACCACUGGAUUUUGGUAAGCAACGUGCUUCCGAUUUUUAAUUAACUAAUUGUGGGGUGAAUUUGAUUAGAAUUUAUGAAAUUAUAGCUUGCAGAAGUAUAAGGUUUACAAAUUCUAUGAAAGAAUAAAACAAUUUAGUAGUAUUUAGUUAUCUAUGUUUCUGCAAAAAUUUGACUAUCGUAGUUAUAUCUGUAUUUUAUUAUGCGAUACAUUACGUGAUGUUAUGUGUAUACAAUAUUGCUCUAUCCAGUGAUAAUAUGACAUCAGUGUAUUUAUCUUUCAACAGGAAGUUCUGGUGGCAACAGUUUAAAGGAACGUGGAGGGGUAGGAGGGGGUGUCCUCUUCCUAAAUAUAUCCCAUCGUGUCACAGUGAACGGAGCUCUUUUGGUCAAUGGGCAAAAUGCCUUGGGUAGAUACGCCGGUGGUGGAAGUGCCGGGAGUAUAUAUGUCGUAACACAACGGCUAGAUGGCAGUGGAAAAUUACAGGUUAAAACUUUAUGUUUUAUGGUCAGAAUUAAUGAGUUUAAACGAUAUAUUUUGCUGUUGGUUGGUCCGCAACAGUCUUGUUGUUCCUGUUCUGCCAUCCCUUUUUUUGCUAUUCGCCGUAUAAUCAAUAGGACGAUCAAGCAAUCAGAUUGCAUAAUAGCUCGUAUAGGAUGGAUGAUUAUCAUACAUAAUGACUAUAUUAUAAAUAAAGAUCGGUUACUGCCAAUUUUCCUACUGAAACUUUUUUGCGCCCAAUUCAUAUAAUACUAGAUUUGUUUCCUGAAGCACAUUCAGAUUAUUGAAUAUAUAAUUUAUUUCAGGCAAAUGGUGGUAAUGGGUACAAUAAUGGGCACCGAGGAGGAGGGGGAGGUUCCGGCGGUAGGAUAGCGGUGUAUUAUAAGGAUAACGAGGAUUAUGAUGGGAUAUUUGAAGCUUAUGGUGGAUUUGGCAACGAGGAGUACGGUGCAGCUGGAACAAUAUACUAUGAUCAUAUGACGUCAGAUAAUGUAACAAAGAGGAGUUUAUACGUAAAUAACAAUGGCCAUGCACCACAGACAGAGCGAGUGAACGAGGUAGGUUUUAUAACUCUCAGACAAUGUACUCUGGUUUUAUUAUCCAGCAGUCCAGAAUCAAAUAUUAAUUACCAUAUAUCAUGCAACAACAGUAAAUUAUAUAAUAUGCUCAUUACAGUUUUUGAAAAAUUGGAAUAUCGCGAUUCAGACUUAAAAUUUGGACAAUUAUCACUUGUUGAAAAACAAAAAGUAUCUUACUGAUAUGAAACAAUAACUAAAGAGUUUGAAUAUGUAACUACCGUUGCUGUGGAAACAAUGACGUUUCAAAAUGGCGGAUAUUUUGGCAUUGGUAACCCCAAAAUUAAUUUCAAAAAGUUAUUUCUCUUAGCGUAAUCAAUGAUUUUGGCAAUUUUUUGUAUUAUGAACAAUCACCUUUACAUAAUUUGAAAAAUGUCGGCUCAUUAGAAUUUUUUUAAAUUGUCAACGCAAUUCAAUAUACUAAGACUAGAGAAACCAUUUUAUGAUAUAACAAGACGCUCCACGGAGCAUUAAGUCCCUGGGGCGAUGGAAACAUGCAACGUUAAGUUAAAAAAUACCACUAAAGAAGAGCGUGUUUGUUUUUCAGAAAAUAUUGAUUCUUGAAGUUUGCAGAUUGCCUGGCAGUUAGCGCUAAUAGUUAAAACAAGUAUAACCAUGUAGCAAUGUUGUUUUAAUGUGUUAAAAUAAGCGUUUAUCCUGUUGUCAUUAUACAGAUCGGCUGGUGUUAUGUUACCAACUGUCCACUAAGUUAAAACCGAACUUAGCUAGCUAGUUAGUGCGUCGAAGGCUGGAAGGCAAGAAUAUUCUUCGAAACUAGAUGCAUUAUAACUAUUGUCUAAAAAAAUAAUGCCUUGUGAGAGGAGAGGUAUUUCGCAUGAUUUAAUACUAAGCGACUAGCUAAUAACCUGUAUCUAUACAACCAUGUAACAAUAACGCUUAGUCAUAUCUACUAAUCGAUACAUACAAAUUAUCCACUUCCCUCCUCGAUAACAUAACAGUGAAACGUCGUGAUAACUUUUAGUGAAUUCUUAAUAUAUUACUUUCAAAAUUCCCAAAAGGAAAUACAAAACUGGACCCUGUUCCAUGGUCAAAAUCUUUUUAUUUUUAUUUCGUAAGGGUGGCCUCACCGACCAAAAAUUGGAGAUCACCAAUGUCAUUUUCAUCUUUUCGAGUUAAAUUACUUUAAAGCCAACAUAUCCGCCAUCUUAAAACGUUAUUGUUGCCAUAGCAACGGCAUUUACAUGUGCUAAAAUUCAAACUUUUUAGAUGUUAUUUACAUCAGUAAGACGCUUUUUGUUUUUCAACAAGUAAUAAUUUUCCAAAAAUACGAAUCUAAAUCGUGAAUUUUCCAUUUUUUUAAAAACUGUAUUGGGCCACCUUAAAUAAAAUUCAUCCAUUCAUCCUUAAAUCAAUCCAUUCACAAAGGAUGUCCGAGCCGAGGGGGGGGGGGUUUGAAAAAUCAGGACAAACUCGGACAUAGAGGGGGAGGGGGCUUUUUAGCAAUCAGGAUGUCCGAAAUUUAAAAAAAUUCAAAAACAAAUUUCUUUUUCCUCUAUUUUGAACUCUCCUUCCCAUUGUGAAAUUGGCAUUUUGAACACUUCAUAAUAUUAUCUAAUUCUUUCCUUCAAUGAUGAAUUUAACAGUUGCGUCAAAUAAAAGCUUUCUGCAUGUAUAACUCUCCUUUUCUAUACAAUAAGUUCAUCCUGUUGUUGCAGUAACACAGUUGUUUGUUUUAAUUAAUAAUUUAUAUGUUUUUGUAUUCACAUUUAUAGUUAUAAAAGUAAAAAACGUUUUUUACUCUUGACAUAUACAAGGUUGCGUGAGUUUUUGCGAGGCAUGGCGGAUGUCCGGGGGAUGGGGGGGGGUCACUAAUUCGGACAAUGCCGGACAAGGGUGGGAGGGGGGUCUGAAAAUCCAUGAUUGGGCCGAACAUCCUUUGUGAAUGACCCCUAAUCAUAAUCACAAUCAUAAUGAUAUUCAUAAGCAUAAUCGUAAUCGCAAUAAUGAAUAUAAGGACGACAUGACUGGGUAGGAAAGAGAAUUCACUGGGAGAAUUGCCGAAAGUUUGAUAUUGUUUUAACAGAAAAAUUGUAUGAACGCCAACCGCAACCUGUUAUGGAUAAUUGAAUUAUGUAAAGUACUUUAAUUAGUCCUGGAUUUUAGUAGAUAGAAGCUAGAAGGCCAGAUCUAAUAAUAUAAGUGCCAAUUAAAUAAGCAAUACCAGAUCAGAGAUUUUGCAAUCCCAUUUGACUGCAGAAUGGUGGAAAACGAGAAAUUAGAAAAAAACGGAGAAAGAAAAAAAAUGUUUGGCAAUAGAAGCGAUUCGAUUCAAAGAGGCAAUAUCAAAGAGAUUGAAUGUGACUGGUCUUCGAACACGAACUGUAGAUUUGUAGAAUGCUGCCAUACUUUAUUCUUCCAGAAUUUUACGAAACGUGCUUGAUUUUUGAUUGACACCAAAUCGAUAUACAGUGAAACACCAUUCAAAAGACUAUGCGACAAGUUAAAAUAAUGGUCGUUUUAACUCCUUGUACAUAGCUUUGCAGCAUUUGUUUCCUUUCAGUUUAUAAUCUUGUACACGCCCCUUCACUUGUGGAAAACAACUUAGGUAGAUAUGGUAAAGUGUUUAAAUUAUUGUUUUACUACUACUGCUACUGCCACUGCUACUGCUAUUGCUACUGCUACUGCUAUUGCUACUACUAAUAAUCUUUCACGUUUUAGCUCCUUGAACCUUUGAAGUUAUCUGGCGGCUCAGGUGGUACCCAGUCCUCCAGAACGUAUAAAGCACGCGAGGGUAUCACCAUAACAACCAGUGCUCCACCAAUAUGGUUAGAUCAUUAUAAUUAUCUUCAACUUUACAACGUAUUUGACGGUAGAAUAAAUACAUUGUAUGCAACCACCUCUACGUCUGCUACGUUGACAAUCACUUUCUCUGGGCAGACAUGGUUACAACUUAUCAGAAUAUACCCGGUAAGUAUAUGAUCUAUCAAUUCUGCGAUUGGUUAAAUACGUUGCAUUUAAUAUCGCUGGAUAACCUAAUUUAAGGGCAAUUACCUUUUUUGCAGAAUGAAGUCAUUUGUGGUUUAACUCAGUUAAUAAAAGCAUAAGCUUUCAAAGAUUAAUAAUAUAUCAAAUCUGUGGGGACUUUACUGGAUAUCCAGUCCGCGCAAUUCGAGACAAAGCCUGUAAAAUAAAUUCAUUAUUAUAAACUUUCAAAUCGCUGUCGUGAAUUUCAAACAACUUUUGUGUUCUAAGCCGAUACUGGACCCCAAAUUAUUGAUACGUUUGACUUUUUCAGAGACCAGAAAUUAUUGGAGGGUUGCUAAUAAUAAUUAUUUAAGUAAUACUUUGUAAUUACUUCAUUUUGUUUCUAGACAUGUACAUCAGAAUACCGUGUCAGUUAUAACGUAUACAUCACCAGACAGCAGAGAAAGAUUAAUCUGACGCCCUCCGGUGUCUCAUCCAGCGGUUGCUUCAAUACUGGUGUAUUUCAAGACAUUAAAGUCAACAGUGAAAUAACAUCAAUAGAAAUCAAGCUUCGAGCUUUAGAGAAAUAUGUCUCGUUGUCAGAAAUUAAAUUAUUUAUCGGUCGAGAUACUGGAGAUUUCAAUGAAAGGAACAUCGUUCAGGAUAGUGCAAGAACAUGGUUGGUUGCUGAAGACGACCAGUCUGGUGAAUUUGAGUUUGAUUUUCUGCAUAUAAGUGGUUCUGGGCAUGUUGGAAUAUUACCACAGCCAUCAUACAAUGGUAGUAUGGUGGUUGGUGAGGUGGGUGGUGAUCAUACUGGCAGUCUUCAUGUUGGUUCUCAACAGACGGUGAAUAUAUCAACACAAGAGAUGACAGUGUUGCCGUUCAAUAUACAGACAUAUAAGGUAUAAAAGUCACAGUUGUAAAAAACUUGUGAUAAAAAACUGUUGGUUAUAGUUAGUUAGUUAGUUAGUGCCAUUAUUAGUUUAUAGAUCAGUUAAUAGUUGGUCAACAACUUGGCUAGUUUCUUAAAUUAUUAAAUUAGUUAUUUACUGGUUAGUUAGUUAGUAGGUAGGUUUUCAUUAGAAGAGUUGGUUAUUAACUUUGCUAUAGUUAAUAGAAAGUGACAUAAGCCGCUAGGUAAUAUGUACACAUUUAUGUAUAUUUAAGUUAGUUCAUCAGUUCGCUAAUUAAUUACUUGGUUAGAUAAUGUGUUCCAGAAUGCUUAGCUUUUUAGUUGAGCUUUUAAUUAUAAAGUAAUUAAAAUAGUUUUUUUAAAAUGGCUGCACGACUGUUAGGCUUGCAGUUUGAAUGGCUAACUAAUGAACUGAUUAUUUAAUAUACAACUAUUGCUUACUAUACCAUUCUCUAUCUUUCAUAACUAGAAAUCUACAAUUGUUCUUCCUGAAGAAACACAUGUCACAAAUGGCGUGCUUGUUGCAAAAGGAGAAAUAUUGGGGCUAAAACAAUUACGAAUUGACGAAAAUGGCGUAUUUAAUGUUUUCCCAGAAGCAACUUUAAACACGGAGAUCCCAAGCAGCUUAAAACUCAACAGCUUGCGCAUAUUUACAGGUGGAUUGUUUCACCAGUCAUUAGGUGAUUUAACAGUUGGACAACUGAAUGUAACUCUAACAGAUGAUUUUGUUGUUAAUGCUUAUGGUACGGCGGACACCAGUGGAAUUUCAGUCAAGGUCAAUAUGAUUUUAUUGCUUAUAUGUAUAAUGACACACUACAAAGAUUCCUUGUGAUUUCAGGCAAUCCUAUAUGACCAGUAUCCGGAUUAUCGUUUGAUUUUUGCAUGUUUAAACUAUGAAAGAGACCAUGAAUUAACACCUGCCCUAUAAGGUAUCGGUAGAAUAUUCUAAGUAAAAUGUCCAAUAAUAUUUUUCUCUCACAGGCAAGGAAAAUUCAACUUGACACAUCUUCCAUUUUGACUGCUCGUGGCCGUGGUUAUCUCUCGGCUCAAGGGCCUGGACCUGGCGUUUCAUUCUUGCAAGGUGGCUCAGGAGCAGGACAUGGCGGUACAGGAGGACGUGGAAAGCAAACAAGGGUGGGGGAGGCCUAUGGUUCUGUUACUCGACCUCAGGAAUUUGGCAGUGGUGGAGGACGGGGUGCUCGUGAUUUGGUAUGAUAAUGUACAUAAAUUCCAAAGUUAUAAAAUGUGCCCUCAAAAUUAACACACUCAACACUUCAAGCUUGACGUACAUGUAUUAUCUAAUUUGGUAAAUCUCGCUUAACGUUUGAAUUAUGCUGUAUGACAUUUGACGUUCGUGUUUUCAAGUACACUAACAGUACCUAGGCAAAUUAUGUUUGAGUACUGGUAUACAUUAGCGGAAAAAUCAAUCAAUUGGAGAUGUUUCAAACAUUAAGGUUUAUGCCUACAGCAUAUCAACUGUUUUCAUUGCAAUGUCAGAGAGGUUCAGAUAUUACUUCCACUACCGCUACCAUUAAGGACCACUGACCAAUCAGAUGCGUUUGCUAUAUCAAAUUAACCAAUCAGAUGCGCACUAAGCCAGUGAGGUAGCGGUAGUGGAAGUUAAAUCUGAAACUGGCCAUUCCAUUUUAAUGUAACUGGUGAUUCGUUUUCCCUUGCAGCCAGGGGGAGCAGGCGGUGGUGUCAUCACUCUUCAAGCACAAGUCAUCGACAUUGAUGGUACCAUUGACGUCAGUGGAAGUGACGCUCAAGCCGGAGCUGGUGGCGGAAGUGGUGGGAGUGUUCAGAUAUUGGCUGACAGGUUUAUAGGAAAAGGUCGACUGCUUUGUAAUGGCGGGAAAGCUGUGAACAACGGAGGAGGUGGUAGCGGUGGACGACUCAGUGUUCAUUGCAAUGAAACUGAAUUCAGCGGCAGAAUUUCUGCCCUGGGUGGUGCAAGUAGUGUUGAGCCUGGGGGACCGGGGACGAUUUAUCGCAAAACAGGUACAGGAUAUGAAACAUUACGUAAUCUGGAAAUAAACAAUGGUGGACAUGUACCUGUUGACACUUACCUUGUCAGCCGUAAUCAGUAUGAAAAUAGCGGAAAGGCGUGGGUGCUAGUUCAGUCAAUUGAUGAUUUAGAGUACGAUGAGCUGCGGUUGCUCGGUGGAGCGCAUGCGUCAUUUGUGUUGAGUGUGAAAGGAGAUGUCUCUAUAAAUAAAUUCUCUGGAGAUAACACGGGCAUGCUGCAUGUCCAGGCGGAUGACAGAGUCGUUAUAAAGUCAGCACCUGCUGAGUUUCCAUCAUGGUUCCGUGUGUACGAGAGAGGAUAUCUGUCCCUGCCUGAAAUCGUGCAUCUUAACAAGUUCUUAUACUCACAGUUAUUUAUUGACGGAAAACUUGGAUAUAUAAAGGACUUUCGUAUUGGCACUGGUGUCACUGUAUCACUUGGAAACAAGGUAACGAUUCCAGAGUACUAUCAGAGGAACAUUUAGACUGAAAUGGAUAUUGUUUCGGUUGCAAAUAGCGGAUAAAUUCUAUAGAUUUUAACUAAAACAAACAAACAAACAAACAAACAAACAAACAAACAAACAAACAAACAAACAAACAAACAAACAAACAAACAAACAAACAAACAAACAAACAAACAAACAAACAAACAAACAAACAAACAAACAAAA